ACCCCGAAACCAGUGAAACUAUCCACCAAAAUCUUCUAAGUCUUAACCCUUUGAUCGAACCAAUUGACCAGCCAAAACGGGUCUACCGUUGUGGAUGCUCGGGUUGGGUGCGGAUCGGUUACGAGCCGAUAUGAAUCGUUUGCUAGCAUUACUCUUCCAUCAGGGAGUGUUAGACGAGCAAUUCUUGCAACUCCAGCAACUUCAAGAUGAGAGCUCCCCAAACUUUGUAUCUGAAGUUGUCAACAUUUACUUUCAUGAGUCUGAAAAGCUCUUGAGAAAUCUCAGAUCAAUAUUGAUGGAUAAAGAGUUCUCGGACUACAAGAAAAUGGGAAUUCAUUUGAAUCAGAUGAUGGGUAGCAGCUCUAGCAUAGGUGCAAAAAGAGUCAGAAACGUUUGUGUUGCGUUUCGAGCCGCUUCUGAACACAACAACCGUGCUGGGUGUCUGAGAGCAUUGGAGCUGCUGGAACACGAGUACUGUUACUUAAAGAACAAAUUACACGAACUGUUUCAGAUAGAGCAACAGAGAAUACUGGCAGCUGGAGUUAGAUAUCCAAUGCAUUUGUAAAACAACAAAGCCAUAAAUGGGUUAUUGGGUUCCACUUUCUUCCAGGUUUUUGCAAGUCAUUGGCAUGGCAG